AUAAAUCAGUACAUAAAUGUUGUCCCCUGUUUUCACGAAUAAAAUAACUAGAAAACCACUUGCUGCAACUGUAAAGAGCACACAGUUCUCCAAACAGCCACUGGUUUAUCACCUUUAGCUUGUCCAAAAGGUCCGAUUCUCUCAACACACUUGAGUUCUUUUUUUCUUUUGCCUAUAAAUUCAGCCUUAGCUUCACACUCCUGGUAUCAACUUCAAAAUCAUCAAAUCAAAAGAUAGAUAAGCAAAAGCAGGAUUCUAUCUAUUUUAAAACGAAAUAGAAAAUAUAGAGGUUCGAUUAUAUUUAUUUAAGAAGAAAACCAUGAGUUCAAGCAGGAAAGCGUGGAUAGUAGCAGCGAGUGUUGGAGCAGUGGAAGUUUUAAAAGAUCAAGGUUUCUGCAGAUGGAAUUACCCUUUGAGGUCCUUCGCUCAACACGCAAAGAAUAACAUGAGAUCUUUCUCUCAAACUAAGAAGCUUUCUUCUUCUUCUUCUUCUUCUUCAUCGUCACUGAUUGCAAGUAGUGAGAAGCCAAAGCAAUCUGAAGAAUCUUUAAGGAAAGUUAUGUACUUGAGCUGUUGGGGUCCCAACUGAUCUUUCUUCCCAGAAACAUAGUUUUUAGAAACAGAAAGAAAUGUAGGGCUAUGAUUGUAAAUAGAAUUUUAUGGUAUUCGACCUCGAGAGACGCGUGUAUUUCGAAUUAUUUGUAUGAAAGUUGAUAAACUGAUGGUUAUUAAACCA